UCUCCUCCAUUCACUGGCCCUCCAGAUACAUACUUAAGAGACCCCGUCGAGAGGAUCUUUUCCCUAUAAAGAGAAGAUGCAAUCCGACCGCCUUUGAAAAGAUAUUCAGGACUUAUUGCAACAGGCCCUUCACUCGCUCUUCAAAAGGAAGAGUCCUGGUUUGAAAGGCGCUGCUUUUGAAAAAGGGACCCAGAAAACCAGGAACAAGAGCGCGAGGCGGUCAAAGACUCUUAUAACCGAUAAAGGACAGGAGCAGGAAGAGAGAAUCAAGGGAUUAUUGAUGAUUACUAUAUCUAAACUCAUGCACAGGUAACCUGGUUGUGUAACCCGGUCCAUCCGUGCAGGAUCUUUGCGCGUCUCCUCGCCCGCACGCUCUGACUUCGGCACGGUUACGCACUGCGCGCAGGGCUUCACGCAGGUGUGGAUAUAUCUUAAAGCUCCUUUGCACACAUGGCUGCAUUAACCUUAUCCAGAGCGGACAAUUUCCUGCACAAUUUCUUACAGGAUCGUACUCCCAGCUCCUCUCCAGAAAGCGGUCCUAACACCCUUUCCUUUUUGGCCACCACAUGCAGUCAGGCUUGGCAGGAAGGGUCUCAACUCCCUUACGAGGGGCCGGUGGGCUCCACUUCCAGCAUGUUUCAGCUCUGGAGCAAUGACAUGGCCCCAAACUCCAGCUUGAGUGCCCACCAGAUGACCUUCACUGUGCCCAAAAUGCAGUUUCCCAGCCACAUGCAGCCCACCCUGGGCUCGCACUCCCAUCAUCACCAUCAUCACCACCAUCACCACCAUGAACUCCCCCUCACUCCUCCAGCCGAGCCUCCGUCCGCGUACUCAUUUGAUCUGUCUCCAGUAAAGAUGCUCUCCUCCCAAGCGCAGGGGAAUGUGCCGUAUUACACGCAGCACAACGCUGUGGGUCAGAACUUUCCUAGCUUCCUUCCGAAUGCUUCAGGAAGACCUCACCUGCCAGGUGGACAUGUUGAGGAUGGCCAGCAGUGGUGGAGUCUCCCUCAGAGUAACAGCGCACACUCCGGGCACCCCUUCUCUCUGGGACGCCAGCUGGUUUUGGGACACCAGCCUCAAAUCGCUGCUCUUCUGCAAGGAACCUCAAAAGGUCUGUUGAGCUCAACUCGCCGUUGCCGCAGGUGCAAAUGCCCCAACUGCCAGUCCACGGGAAACGGAGGUGCUGCUCUGGAGUUUGGGAAGAAAAGACUUCAUAUCUGUCACAUCCCAGAUUGCGGCAAAGUCUACAAAAAAACCUCUCACCUGAAGGCACACCUGCGCUGGCAUGCCGGCGAGCGGCCCUUCAUCUGCAACUGGCUCUUCUGCGGAAAGAGCUUCACUCGCUCUGAUGAGCUGCAGAGGCAUCUUCGCACGCACACCGGGGAGAAGCGUUUCGGCUGUCAGCAGUGUGGGAAAAGGUUUAUGCGGAGCGAUCACCUCUCCAAGCAUGUGAAGACCCACCAGAGCAGGAAGAGCCGGUCCAGUCAGCCUUCUCAAAGUGGGACUGAUGCACUGCUAAGUAACAUUAAGAGAGAGUAAAGGAUGCUGAAUGCAAAAUAACACAGUAUAUUAUCAGGAAUGAAAGCCGAAACCCUUUGAGGCCAUUUGCGUCAUCAAAAAAUGUUUUUAUAGAAAAGGUGAAAUUGUUAAAAAUACAGUACAUUCCAAAAAGCUAUAGGAGCAUGAGCCUGUUUUAAAAACACUGGAGCGAACACACACCAUGCUGUACCGAAACUGAUCUUUGAGACCUUGUAGAGACUUUAGGUCACAGUGGAUGUGAUAAAGCUGAUAAAAGUGAUAUUUUUUAUGGCUUCUUAUGACCAAAUUUGCCCUUGCACAUUUAUUUAAAGAUAAUUCAAUUCCUCUAAACAAAUUCUCUGAACAGCACAAUCAAAAGUAUUUGUUACAUGGUUAAAAAUGUCAUUUGUUUACAUUUUGUUGUUGCUUUCUCUAGUUUUUAGGAAAAAUUGAUGCCUUAUAUUAAAAUCACAAGUUCUGGUUGCAAAAUGAUUCCCUGACAGAUGACUGUAGGUCUUGUUUUCUUGCAGAGAAUGGCACUGCUAUAAAUCUACUUCACUCGAAAUCUAAAUAGUUUCAAGACAUGAACCAAAUGUAUAUAAUGUUUAUAUAGUGCACAGUUCUAUAAAGACCAGCAUGUGAAAUAUUAAUAAACACAAAUAACUGUGCUAAUCAUAA